AUGUGUUCAUUCCUGACUGGAGGAAGGCGUUUGGAAGCAGCAUCAAUCAGCUGGCAGUUUGCCCGGACCAGAUUGUUGCAGAGAUACAGAGUUUCCGUCGGAGGUCGGGUGUAUCUGACGCGCCGCAAUCAGCUGAAGCUGGUUGGAACCCGCAGAAAUCGUCACGGUUUGAUUUUUGCGAGGGAGGAAGAAAGAAGUGUUAACCGGAAACGAGCGCGUGAUGACGAUGACGAUGAAAGCGUUGAUGACGAUGCUAGCGGAUUCCUUGGUUUCGCAGCAGAUUCUUUUAUCUACCGAGGCACAUCUGACGAUCAUCCAAUGGUUUGUGAUUCGGAAGGUGGUGGUACGUCGGCAUGUUUACCACCUGAGGAGGUAGAUCCCCAGGAGGGCCCAUCCACGCGACAGUGGUCGCAGUCGAAUCAAUCGUCGAGCUCGAGUUGUCAUCCGAAAAGUUUGCGUCGCUCUAGUAGACCGAAGCGUCAUAAAAGAGAUGUCGAUUUUAUUUAUUAAAACAAACAUAAGUUUGAGUUUGUGGCAGUAUUGUUUCGCCACUAUCUGAAAAAAUUUAAAGCGGCAGUCUUGUUUAACCGCAUUCAAAAAAAUGAAUAACUGUAUGGCAGUGAAGUUUGGCCAUUUUCAGAGAAAUAUUGUUUAAACUAAAGGGGGAAGAACGGUGGUGACCACCCUAGAAUACAACACUGUCUGAACAACUGGCUGGUUCAGUGUUCUGAU